AUGGCCGUGACCGUGAUUAGCGCGCGGCGCCGGCCGCGGCCCGCCCGUUCCGCCCGCCCGGCGCCAGAAACCCCCCGCCUGAGCACCAGCAGCACGGACGCGCUGCAGAAGGAGGUGACGCCCAGGAGGAGCCCCAGCACCACGAAGGGCAGAAAAUCAACAGCUGAAGCUGGACAGAAGGCCUGGAUGACAUGUGGAGCUGGAGAGGAGAGAACCAUCCCAGCUUUAGAACGCUCAGACCUGAUCUGA